UUGACAGGAUACUGAAAGAUGGACCGGCGGUAAAGAUCAGCAUCCUUAUUAUGGCCCGGGACUGGAGAAAGAUGUCGAGCUCGUCGCUGUUUUAUGUCACAUAGCCCCAGCCAAGGACGAAGAUUUUUUUUUUGUUCUUGGGUUUUCGUUCGUGGGCUUUCGUUUGUUUUACAACGACCGCUCGCACAGCGGAGAUGCGAUUGUGUCGCACAAUGAAUGCGCCUCGUAGUUAAAGGGACUCGGUUGGGGAGUGUGUGUGUGUGUGUGUGUGUGUGAGUGAGUGUGUGGGUUUUUUUUUCUUUUUUGUUUUUGUUUCUGUUUUUUUGUUUAGUCUCAAAACGAGGUCUGGAUCGGCGGUGUUCAACAGGGGAGGGAUAAGAUAAGCAGCCCGACAAACAACUAAUCCCUGGAGCGGUUGCAGCACAGCCUGUCGCUACAUUCAAAGGGCCUUACCAGGAAUGGGAAAGGCGGCCGGAACUGGAUUAAACAAACGUUAGGAACGGACGAGACACUGAAACCGGCGAAUGUGCGGUGUUAUGCUCAGUAAUUGGCGCUUUAAUCUUUUGUGGAAAUGGGAGCUUUAACAAGCAGACAAAACAUAGGCGUGGAAGAAGUGGACAUACCGUCCAACUCGGUGUACCGCUAUCCACCGAAAUCCGGGAGUUACUUUGCCAGCCAUUUCAUCAUGGGAGGAGAGAAAUUUGACUCAACCCAUCCGGAAGGUUACCUGUUUGGGGAGAACACAGACCUCAACUUCCUUGGGACCAGACCAGUGGCGUUCCCUUACGCCGCCCCUCCUCCCCAUGAACCAGUUAAGACGCUACGAAGCCUUAUAAACAUCCGGAAAGACACACUACGGCUUGUACGGUGUAGUGAGGACCUGAAGUUGCCGGGUGAGGAGGUGGCGGGGAAGAACAGGGCCUGCUACAACAUUGAGUUCACUUUUGAUGCUGACACACAGGUGGCCAUCACUAUCUACUACCAGGCUAUUGAGGAGUUCCACAAUGGAGUGCCAAUCUACCUACCCCAGGACAGCUCUUUGCAGUCAGAAACAGUGCACUUUAAGAGGGGAGUCUGCCAGCAGUUUUGUCUGCCAUCCCAUUCUGUCAACCUCAGCGAAUGGGCUGAUGAGGAGCUGCUGUUUGAUAUGGAUAAGGAGAUUUUCCCAAUGGUGGUGCAGGCUGUUGUAGACGAGGGGGAAGACCAUAUGGGCCACUCUCAUGUACUGCUGGCUACAUUUGAGAAGCACAUGGAUGGGAGCUACUGUGUGAAACCACUGAAGCAGAAACAAGUGGUGGAUGGAGUGAGUUAUCUACUGCAGGAGAUCUAUGGUAUUGAGAACAAGUAUAACAGCCAAGAAUCAAAGGUCGCGGACGACGAGAUCAGUGACAACAGCGCAGAGUGUGUGGUGUGUCUGUCUGACGUUCGAGACACACUCAUCUUGCCAUGCAGACACCUUUGCCUUUGCAACGCCUGCGCCGACACACUGCGCUAUCAGGCCAACUGCUGUCCCAUCUGCAGACUGCCAUUCAGAGCUCUGCUGCAGAUCCGAGCCAUGAGGAAGAAGCAGAGUCCUCUGUCCCCCUCCAGCUUUAACCCAGUCAUCACCUCCCAGACUUCAGACUCAGAAGAACACUCAGCAUCAGAGCAUAUCCCUCCUGGCUAUGAGGCCGUCUCUCUCCUGGAGGCGCUGAACGGUCCCCUGAACACGUCCCCAGCGGCACCCCCUCUCCAUUCGGGACCCAGCCACGUCUCUGGAGCUCUGCCCCCAUACAGUGGCGAGACCCACCCGGCCCCAGCACGCUCCCUCUCCCCACUGGACCACUCCAACUCCAGUCAGGGACUCAAACUCAAGAAGAGUGGUUCAAAGUCACUCUCCCAGAAUUCCUCUGUGCUCCCUGAGGAGGAGGAUGAGAAGUCAUGCAGUGAAUCUGAAGUCCAGGCCGGCCGCCGCAAACAAAUUGCAGACCAGCAGGAGUGCGGUGUUACUCCAGAGAGUGAAAACUUGACUUUAUCUUCGUCUGGAGCCAUUGACCAGUCAUCUUGCGCCGGGACACCACUCUCCUCCACCAUCACCUCCCCUGAAGACCCUGUUAGCAGCAGCCUGGCCCAGUCAGUGAUGUCCAUGGCCUCGUCCCACUCCCAGCACUCCCACAUCAGCACUGACACCAUGUCCUCCAUGUCAGGGUCUUACCUGGCCGGGGCCGAGGGGGAGCCCGAGGGGGAGGAAGUGGGAGACGCGGAGGGGGAGGAGAACCAGGACGCCCUGAUGGAGAGCCGAGCACCCUCCCAACAGGAUGGGGAAUUUUCCAAGGAGCCACAGGAACAAAACUAUUCAAUGGCUGUGUCCGAGGAGCAGGACUCAGAGGGAAACGACGUCACAGAAGAGGACUGCCCCUCCCCGUCACGUGAAAAGGGUGGGCGGAGCAGGUGUCCAGAGUUGGCCAAUAACAAUCAGGGCGUCGCCCUCUGUGACACGCCCUCUUUGGGGUUGGAUAAUGAGCAGGCUCCCGACAGCCGAUUCGCCGGUCUGUUGUACCUCGGAGGCUACAGGCCUGUUUUGGAGCCCCUCCCCCACCACGCCUCCACCAGUAAUAUCAACCUGGAGGAGCAGGGGGUGGAGACAAGAGACGGCCAGAGUCCAAAACAUCCCCGGCGUGGACCACUCAUUGUGUAAAACACACAUUCAAAUACACACACAGACACACAUACACACACGCAAGCACAUACACUUACUUAUCCUUCCAGUGUCAGCUUCUUUACCCUGCCAUACUGCUGCAUCGCUGGAUACUGUACUCGCUGACCAGGGAAACCAAUCUACACUCGGUAGUUCUUCAUUAAACCUAUCCCUUGGAUCAAUAGUUUGGGACAACAAAGCUCUCCUUUUCCAGGGUGGGAGGAAAAGGGAAGAGGAACAUAGCAACGUCGCCUUUCCUUCGUCUGUUCCCGUUUAUCUCACAGACAUCCCUUUGCGCCCAAUCUGACUUGGUAUGGAUAUAACAACUGGCAGAUUUGUCCAUCGAUACGUUAACCUAGCUGCAUUCAUAUAAUUUCUUUUUUUGAUACAUUACUUGUUGGUUAGACCAAAAACAAGUGUGUUGUGGCAGGUGUGUAUUCUCGCCUUUCCUUCCUCUCCUCUCUUUUACUUAUUACCAGCCAAACAGUCAGGGGCUACUGUGAUCGGCAAUCAAAUUUACUAUAAAUGUACUUUCUCGCUGUUAUUCGUUGAAUGAGUGCUGAAACACAAUAAAAGUUCAGCUCACCGGACUACCUUACCAAACAAGACUGAACUCAAUGACUUGCUCUGGUCCUGGCUUUGCAUGCAGCUUUCUGAAAUCUCUGCUCACUUCUACUGAUGUCUCUUUCUCAUUCCAGAGGUUAUUUUAACUCAUGGCCACACACUCUGAAUGUGAUUUGAUUAAUUGGGUAGUUGGAUUUCUAUGGUGAGCCAAAAUGGUGGACCUGCCCUGAAAUGGUGGACCUGGCCAAAGUCAAAAGAAAUGGACCUCAUGGGAGACAGGUCUCACACAAAAUGGAUGACUGGGACAAUGGACAUGGCGCUCAUCGAAGGCGAAUGUAAAUGUUUUGUUCUUUGAUUUAGAUUGUUAGCCAUAUGAGAAUCAGCCUUGUAUUCAUGAACUUUGAACCUUACUCCUGAUUCUUUAACCCCUCUCUCACAUCCUGAUACGUCAGCCUCUCCUACUCCGAAUACAGUCUUAGCAUGUCAGUAUUAUCUUAGUGCGAAUGGAAAUCUCUAAGGUACUUGCACCACCAAGCAAUAAAUAUCCUUAAGCUGCAUUUCCCUUUCUGCCGAGAACACUUGUAUCUGUAUUUCUAACUAAACGCUUCGUUCAAGCAAAGAGAAUCUGUGUUGUACUGGCUGGUUACAUUUACACAUUCAAAGAUUUAAAUGCAUUGUUUUGCCAUUGUAAGGGACUGAUGUCGAGACCACAUCUUCCAUUGGAUUUGUACAGCCAGAAAGUUGGAUUCAUACCCCACUGUGGUUAACUGGCAUUUUGAUUAUCCUCUCCCUUAUUGUACCAAGCCCUAUGCUUUUCAUCAAGACAGGGCGAAACCUUUUCUCCUCGUUUGUGAAAAAAAUUAAUUUGUUUGAUUUUGUAUAAUUUUUAGUGUAUAGCUCACAUGUUGAUGAUGUUCUGUGUUCUGUGUUUUAUUUGUUGCAAAACACUGUGUUGUUUAUUAUAAUGUGGAUGAUAUGUGAAAAUUAGUAAUGGUUUACACACACAUGCGCACGUGCAUACAAACAUCUACAUACACGCAGACACACAAAAACACACUUUAAAAGGGACAAUAUCUGCAUUGAAUGCACUAUUAGCUGUUUCCUAGACGAGACACUUUGCGAUAAAUGAGAUGAUUGUAGAGAAAGCAUGUUAGUCUAGGUCAGUUUGCAUCUCCUUGUCUAAUACUUAUGAUAGAUCACUCUGCAUAUAUAGCGGUGGGAAGUUUCAAAAUAGUAUGCUACCAUAUCAAUCUGCAGUGUUGUAUACUGGUUUCUGGCACCCCAUUCCCUUGACCAUGGCAUUAUGAUCACGAAUACUGCACUAUAUUCAAGUAGGGUUUCAUGGUACACACCAGUGAUUUUGUGCACAAGAGACUCUUAAGACAAACUCCAUUUUAAAAAAGCUGCAUACAAUCUGCCACAGUACUCAUCCGAUCACUGUAAGAACGCGUAGACUAAUUCAUUCUCUAGCGCCACGUGCAGCACGACACCAGUGGAACGGGUCCCAGUCUGCCAUGAAUCCCACUUUUCUAGAAAUGAGAUUGAAUGUGUCAAUGACAACAUCAAAAGAACAAUAAAGUUU